UUGGAAUUUAGAGAGAAGAAGAACAGCUAUCCCAGCAGCAGUUGCAGUUUCAUCCUUAUCCUAAAACAAAUCUUUUCUCAUCUAUAAACAAAAUUUUCACAGUCAGCUUCAUAGCCUCAUGUUUUGAGUUUCCCCCACAAUCACAAUUUUUUCUCUUUUCCGGUAUUAGAUAUUUCCAAUUUUUUCCUCCACUAAUAUUAAUAUUAUUAAGUGGUUACUCUCAAAACUACUUAAAAGGAGGAAAAAAAAAAAAAGAAAUAUCAGAAAAUAUUCACAUUCACAUAUCCACUGUUAUUUCACCCUCAAACUGAAACCAAAGCGAAGCAAAGAAGAAAUUUUGUCAUGGUCAUGGCUUCCAUGUAUGCACCCACAGCUCCGAAGCUGAGUUUCCCAAACCACAAGAAGCAAUCUUCAAUCCCUUUCACUCUCAGAAGGCCCUCGCUCAUUCCUUUUCCUUCUUCCAAUUCCCAUUCCCUCUGCCGCUGCCUCAACGCCUCCGCUUCCGACGAUGCUAACAGCACCUCCGGCGGCGGUGGAAACAACGUCCGAUGGGACGCCAUGGUCCAGGACUUCGUCAGUAACGCCAUCAAGCAGUUCGAUUCUCUCAUCAGCUCGCUCUUGAAAGACGAUGCCGCGAUGGCGGCGGUUGAGGGUGGUGGUGAGAAGGAGAAAGAGUGGGAUUGGGAUCGAUGGCGGCAGCAUUUCGAGGAGGUCGAUGAGCAGGAGCGUCUCCUCACCGUUCUUAAGGCUCGGUUAAGAGAUGCAGUGUAUUUGGAGGAUUAUGAAGAUGCUGCCAGGCUUAAGGUGGCAAUUGCAGCUGCCUCAACCAAUGACAGUGUUGGAAGAGUGAUGUCUUAUCUCAAUAGUGCCAUAAAGGAAGAGCGAUACACUGAUGCUGCUUUUUUAAGAGACGAAGCUGGUGCUGGACUUGUGGGUUGGUGGGCUGGUAGUUCAAAAGACUUUAAUGAUCCACACGGUCUAAUUAUACGCAUUACUCCAGAGCACGGAAGAUAUGUUGCAAGGAGCUAUAGUCCUAGGCAACUUGCAACAUCUGGUGCUGGUGUUCCUCUAUUUGAAUUUUUUCUUACUAUGGAUAGGAAAGGUGAAUUCAAGUCUCAGGCUGUGUACUUGAAGAGAAGAGGAGGGGCCUUCCAUGGUUCCCCAACAACCUCCCCUAAAGCAUUGAGUGCUUCUGAGAGAUUGGGUUCUGUGGAGUCAACUGAUGAUAGAAGUGAACUCUUUGUUGUGAGUACUGAAGAUCCAGCUGAUGAUAGAAAUGAUGGCUCUGAUCCAGCCGAGGGAAUGCCUGGAUUUCAAAAUGUCAUGAAAGAUAUGAUUCCUGGAGUAAAGGUGAAGAUUUUCAAGGUUACACACCCAGAGAAAGUAGACAAGGAUAUUAUAUCUAAGGUGAUUGAGCAGAUAAUUGAGGAAGAAGAGGAUGAGGAUAACGAUGAAGAUGAUGAUGAAGAAGAAGAAGAAGGAGAAGAUGAAGAUGAAGAUGAAGAUGAAGAUGAGGAGCAAGACAAUGAUACAGGAAGUCUGGAACUGGCAGAUGUUAAGUCUGAAACUGACCAAGAGGGAGAUGAUGAGAUUGAAAUAAAUGAUGAUCUGGGAACUUUUGAACAUGAAGAACAAAAUGAAAUUGCAGUCAAAAUUGUCGUUCGUGGUCUUGUUCAGAAACUUUCCAGCAGUUUUCCCACCUGGGAUUUGCUUCGAGUUCCUGCUAAGUUGGAGAUGAAGGGACGUGGUUCAUUUUCCUUUACUGUUGAAAAGGAAGUCAAUCAGCAGGAUGACCAUGACAAAGGGAAAUCUUUAUCAGAUAAAUCAACCAGGAUGCAAGGUCCACGAAAAGUUGAUCAUGUUAUGUUUGACCUUGCUAAAUUCAUCGGGAAGGGAAAGGUACCUUCAAAGGUGCUCAAAGAGGUGGGAGACUUGAUAAAUCUCACUUUAAGUCAGGCACAAAAUCAUCAGCCAUUAUCUGGGACAACAACUUUCAAUCGUAUUGAAAUACCAGCUUCUUUGGAUCCUCUAAAUGGUCUUUACAUUGGUGCACAUGGACCUUUCUCCUCUGAAGUUAUUCAACUUAGUCGUAGAGUUGGUCAAUGGCAAGAGGAAAGUGGGUCUAAGGAGCCUUCAGAUCUUGAAUUUUAUGAGUAUGUUGAGGCCUUGAAACUAACUGGGGAUCCUUAUGUACCAGCUGGUCAGGUGGCCUUUCGCGCAAAAGUUGGAAAGAGGUAUCAACUUCCUCAUAAAGGAAUAAUUCCUGAAGAGUUUGGAGUGGUUGCUCGCUAUAAAGGCCAAGGGAGGCUGGCUGAGCCAGGGUUUAAGAAUCCUCGGUGGGUUGAUGGUGAACUUGUAAUUCUAGAUGGAAAGCACAUAAAAGCUGGGCCUGUUGUUGGAUUCGUGUAUUGGGCCCCUGAAUAUCAUUUUCUGGUAUUCUUCAAUCGGCUUAGGCUUCAACAAUAGGGCUUUGUCAUUAUGUCAGAGACAUGUAAAUAAUUCUGAUUUUUUGGUUGAUUCACUGGCUAAGCCAGUGACUAAGCUCCCUUUCUGAGUUGCUAACUGGUCCGAGUUUUGCACCACUGUAUUCGGGAGUAUUGUUGGUGAGAUCUUAUGCUUUAAUGGCAGAUAUACUGAUCAAUACAGCGUCUACUGUUAAGGUUUAGAAGAUUUUCACUAUUAGGGUUCAAAGUAUCAG